AUGAAGACUUUUUGUGCCUUCAUACUUGCAGCGUUGGUUGUAGCUGUGACGUCAUACUAUCAAGGUAAGAAGGCUUUCAAAAAAUAUGGUGUUUUUAAGUUAAGGUGGCUCUCAUCGCUCGACCAGUAUUUUUGUUAGCAUGCUUGCCACCUUUCAGCCUAAUCUUUAUUAUACAUAUAGUAUACCACUUGUUAUUAUGGAUGGAUUAACUUAGACGGUUUAUUAUGGUAUUACUAUUUUUUCGAGAUUGAAAUGAAUAAUCUAUGCAAUCAGUAAACUCUACUGAGCCAAGUUUCGAAAAAUUUUAAACGAAAAAUUUUUAGAUAUUAAUAGCUUGAAAUUUCUAAAUAAGGGAUAUAAUUUAUGUGCAAUCAGAAGACCUGCUAAACUUUAUAAUACAAAUUUGAUUUCGGUCGAGAUCUGGAUGUUUUCGUAUGGUUUUUACUCCUCGAUCAGUUAAUUUAACAAAUGUCCCUGUUAUAUACUUUUUACAAACCGUUGUGAGCAGGUAGAUUUGCGCGAGUUAAAUACAAAAGAAAAGAUAUGAAUCAGGGUAAAACACAAUGCUGAGCUCCUUUUAUGCAAUUUCUAAGAAUACUUAAAAAACAGCGAUUAAAUCAAAAUUCGUACAUUGAUUUUCUUUAAAUUUUUUCAGGUGCUGCAAUUAAUCAGUAAAUAUCGAUCCUGAGCCUCGUGUUCAUUGAAAACCAUAAAUUUUAAUGUUGUCUAUCUUACAGACAAAAUUAAGUAAGCAUUGAGUCGAUGCAUGUCAGAGUUCGUUGGCGGGGAUAUAAUAAUUUUGUGCUCUGGAAAUUGUCUCGAGUUUUAUAGCGUAACUUUUUUAUGACAGUUCAACUUGCCAAGAGAGUGGGAAAAGAAAAAAGCCGGUGUCCUAGGCGAAGAUAGUUCUCUAGUACACAGAGAUUACCAUACUUUCGGACAAGAUGAUGAUUAUAAAAUAACCUUUACCGGAAAAAUGACGAUGGUAAUAAUAAUAACAACAAUUAAUGAUAAUAAUAAUAAUAAUAAUAUGUUAUCAUUACUAUUAUUAUCAUUAAAAUGAUAAAUGUGGAGACAAAAAUUUAUUAUUAUUUUGACUUAGAUGACGCAACUGAAGUCUUCAAAUGCCCAAUCUGUGUUGGUCUCGGAAAGAAAGCAGAGAGAAAGUGUGACAACGAGGCCGUUUACCGAGCCUGUCACGCAGAAGAUGCCGUCUGCGUGAGCACCAAAAAUGGCGAAUUGGUUAUGAGAGAAUGCCAGAGUAAAAAGUACUACAACGAUUACAUCGUUCCAAAGUGUGACGGUAUUGAGAACUGUGAACACGCAAUGUGCGAGGAAUCUGACUGUACAGCGUAUCUGUCCAAAGGUAAGAGUCAAGAACACUUAUAUUAAUGAGCGAAACACAAGGAAUCAGGGAGAUAAUGCAGAGCUCUAAAAAAAAUUUACGUCAACAUUUCAUGACCUGUACUCUAAGAGACCAUAGAAAUAAAAAGUCAAGUUGAUGUCAUAAGUCAGAGUACAGUGUAUAGACCAUAAACUAUUGUCCUGGGCCCAGUUGUUCGAAGGCCGAUUAGCGCUUAACCCGGGGUUAAAUUUUACCCGGGAUUCUUUUUCUUGUGUUGAAAAGCAUUUUCUCGGAUAAUUUUCUGUGCUAUUUUUAGAGCUUCCAAUCAUCAACUUGUCGACAAAAAGAAUUAAAACUGAAAUGCUUUUUAAGCUUUCAAAUCUGAAUUCUAAUCUCGCACUAACCCUGGGUUAUCUUAACCCAGCUUUGAACAACUGGGCCCUGGUGUAUACAUGUAAUUGACAGUUUUUGAGUGUUCACUCUCAUUCCUGUGAAAUAUCUUGGAAAAACGGAGCCUGCUAGCAAGCUCUCCAUUUGGGGGAUAUCAUGUGAAAAGUAGACGCGCGAGAGACACGAGAGGGAAGACGCGAAAGCGGGGGGCGGGGGAGAGUUUUCUCGGCCCUCGCGGCGCCGCUUACUCCCGCGUUCUCUCCUGUCGCCCAAAUAGAAGAGCUUGUUCGCAGGCGAGGAAAAAUGUGGUCUGCAAUCUCAAAAAACCUCUCCUCCAAUCAGUGUACAUGUUACUUUGAAAAAGUAGAGGUCAGUCAAAGAAUACUUUAUCCCCGAGAGCAAGCUCUCCACGAAGCCCGUUACUCAGGGGAGCGUGGGGGAAUUGUUCUCUCCCGUCCUCACCCCACAGAGAGCUUGAUCAGAGGCUAUGAAUAUAUGAAAUAUAACGAACAUAAACUUACUUUUUUCUGUUACUUGUUACGGAAGCACACGGUUAAUGAACGGAGAUGUUUAAUGCAAAUAAAGUUUGAGUCUGUGGAUGAAUUCUUAUUACUGGCACUGAGGCAUUUUUAUCAGACCUUGGCUAUUAGAAAGGUUCUAAGAACUUGAGGGAGAAUUGUCGUCCAAUUUCGCUUACAUCCAUGAUAUGCAAAAUCAGCCAAAAAAUUGUACGCGAUAGGUUAACGUCAUUUUGGCAAGACCAUAAUGUGAUAAACAAAAACCAAUUUGGUUUUUUGCAGGGUAGGUCUACUGUGACCCAAUUACUCUCUACUUUUCAUGACUUCGCCAGAUCUAGGAAUUCAUCUGUAGCAACAGAUGUUGUAUUUCUUGAUCUCGCAAAGGCUUUUGAUAGUGUUCCUUAUGAGCGUCUACUCAUAAAGUUAUAUAGCCUCGGUAUUGAGAGCAAACUUCUUAACUGGUUGAGGAAUUUCCUCACGUGUAGAAAGCAACGAGUUGUUGUAAGAGGGACUUUUUCUGAUUGGGCACCUGUGAUAUCUGGUACCCCACAGGGAACUAUUCUUGGUCCAAUUUUAUUCCUAUCAUAUAUAAAUGAUAUCGUUGAUAGUGUCUCUUCAAAAAUUAAAUUAUUUGCGGAUGACACAAAGAUAAACAGAGAGCUUCGCAACCCUAGUCUCGAUGAACAAUACCUUCAAACUGAUUUGAAUAAUCUUGGUAAAUGGGCGAAAAAAUGGCAACUUCGUUUCAAUGAGGAAAAGUGUGAAGCAAUGCGAAUAACGCAUUCUCGUGACAAAUCGACUACGAAUUAUAAACUAGGUACGGCCUUAGAAGAUGUCAAGAGCUUUAAAGAUCUUGGAAUUAUUAUAUCAAAAGAUCUUACUUAGAGUGAACAUAUUAGUACUAUGGUGAAUAAGGCGAACCAAGUCCUAGGGCUAAUAAGACGGUCUGUUGGAGCAGCUAAUACAACAACCUUUUCAUUGCUUUACAAAAUAUUGGUCAGACCACUUCUAGAGUAUGCUGCUCCAGUCUGGAACCCAUAUCUUGUCAAAGAUAUUCAUGCAAUAGAGAGCGUGCAAAGACGCGCGUCAAGAUUAGCUCUUAGGCAAAAAAGAGGUGAUAUGUCUUAUGAAGGGGGUUUGACUCGUUACAUUGGCCAUCUUUGUCCAGUCGUAGGACAUAUUCCUCUCUUGUUGAAUGUUAUAAGAUCGUGUUUGGCUUAUCACACUUGGAUUUUGAGGAAUUCUUUCAAUUCGCAAAAGUCAAAUCCACUAGGGCAAAUCACUCGUAUAAGCUUUAUUGUAAAUUAUCUAGAAUCAACUGUUUGAAAUAUUCUUUUUUUAACAAUGUAAUUAGUUAUUGGAACAAUUUACCUAGUAAUGUUGUUGAAGCCGGUUCCCUUGAACUUUUUAAAUGUAAACUCAAAUCCUUUUUAAAGUUGUAAUUUUUAUUGUUUGUUUGUUGUUUUUAGGACAGUUUUAUUCAUAGGGUUAAGCUCUAGACUCUCCCUUUCAAAUUCAUGUAGUUAUUAUGAGUUUGAAUAAACAUGUAUGUUAUGUUAUGUUGUUUAGGUGCAUAAAUGUAUAUCUAUAAGUAUAAACAUCAGUGAAAUACCAGGUGAGCUUUAGCACCAAUUAAAUGAUAUUCCGUGUUGAAAAUACAGUAUCUCGAAGAGAAACUUCGUAUCUCCACGCAUUUGCGUAGAGGAUGGUUUGAAAGGCAGAAAAAAAGGAUUUUGCACUUUAAUUUCUUUGCAAUAAAAUGAUUAGUUAAAAAAGUGCUAAAAUUUCAUUUACAAGAUUUUAAAAAACCUUUUCUCCAUGUUUGUUUGUAGAUAAGAAAGAGACGUAUACUACGCCACUGGAGUGUCCUGUCUGCAUUGGAAUGGGAGAAAACGCCGAAAGCGAUUGUGAUGAAUCCACUAAAUCUUUUAUGUGCAACGAUAAGAUUGCAGCGUGCAUAACAGUUAAAGACAGUGGCCUGUUCUGGCGUGAUUGUCUGAACUACAACUAUUACCGCAGUGCUAUAAAGCCUUUUUGUGACAGGAAAGAAGGCUGUGAGACAUCGUUUUGUAGGGAACAAGGAUGUGAGGCGCCUCUGUCCACUGAUGAAGGAGAUGAAGGUAAUGAUUGUCGGUACAGCAGUCUUUUCUAUUAAUCCUUAACAGUACUGAAAGACAAUAAUAUUAUAAUAGUCUCCUUCGCAGCCGUUUUUGUCUCGUCACGCAGAGCCGUGACGAGACAAAAACAGCCGCGAGGGAGGGCUUCGUCAGUCCAAGGAACGUCUGCGUGAGCUGUGGCUAUAAUUUUAACAGCUAAAUAAAAGGAGUUUUUAUCACAAACAAAGUGGGUUUGCAUCCAUUCGGAAAUAGUGUAUUAAGUCUGCGAGAGAAAUACUGAGUCAAGCUUCACAAAACACUAACAUUAUAUCUUUUAAUUUGGUAGAGUAUAUUUUAUUGUUUAUUUUAAUUUUCAGUUGAGGGAACAGGACUCUCUAUCAAUGGUGUCAAAAUCCCUACUGGAAUUGCAAAUAAAAAGAGUAAGUUAAAAAACUUCCCUGUUUGCAAACUGUACUUUUUAGAUUAUUAUUGGCUCUGCUAAAAUAAUGAAAAUAGAUUAAUUUUUCUGCGUGGAAAUCCAUAGGUCCUGGAAACUGAACCCUGAGCCUCAGUUUCUUCGGUCAGCGGCUUGAUUUUAAAACUUAUUGCUUUGCAUCUUUGUUUUUGCGUUCUUUGUAAACUUAUAGGUACGGUAACAAAGUUAUUUGUCUCAAUCGAUUGGCUUGACGUUUUUCUACGAUUGUAUGCAUAUCACGUUUGUUUGCAUGCAAUCACUAAUUUGAAACUUGCUUUAUAAUCUAAACAUGUGUCAAACAAGCGUAAGUUGAAAUGAAUCGAAAUCAGAGAAGUUUAUACUCAUUUGUUGGGUCAGGGGCCGGGGUGCUAUUUUAAAAGAAACAACAUUGAAUGGUGUUUUUUAACCUGGCUUCUUACGUGUUUUAUUAUAAAACGAACCAUUUCUAUAAAUAAAGCCUAAACAUUAGACGUUUCCUUGAAUUAUCCACAUCUUGUCUAGUCCCCGCACGACAAGCCUUCUCGGUCAAUGUAUUUCGGCGCAUUUCCGUUAGGCUGAACUGGAUAUUACGGCCUGAUAAGUAGGCUUAAUCCUCACCUUAAAAUAGAUUACACUACCCUCUGUAUCCACUCUAACUGCUGUUCUUUGUUUGUUUGUUUCUUCAGAGCUGUCAAAACCAUUAUUCAAAGACUUUGCUUGA